UGUCUUCCCAUUUAGCAGAGAGAAAAGCAGACGUUAAUAGGUCGUCCCUACCAUUGUCUAAUUUUUCCUCUUUGCCUUUAUGCGCAAGGACUGAGGACGCACGCCCUGGCCACAGCCCCACCCACUCAAGUCCCUGCUAACUUCUGAGGGGAGGAUGAGGAUCCAUCUCGUGUUACUUAGAGGCAGAUAUUCUACCAUUUUUAAAAAUGUAUGAACUUGGAAAAGUCACUAAAUCUCUUUGGGGCUCAGUUUCUAAAACGGAAACAGGGGUAAUGACAGCACCUUCGUCACAGAGUUUGUUUGGAGGCAAUGAAAUGGAAAUGCGUGUAAAGAGCCCAGUAAUAGAUGGAAUGUACAAGAACUAUUAGUGUUGUAAACGGCGCUUUCAAAAUGGAAGUUAGGCCAGUAUUUGGGAAAGCAGUUCAAGCUCUAUCACGAAUUAGUGACGAGUUCUGGCUAGACCCAUCUAAAAAAGGUCUUGCUCUAAGAUGUGUGAAUUCUUCUCGGUCAGCAUAUGGAUGUGUCCUGUUCUCUCCUGUGUUUUUUCAACAUUAUCAAUGGUCAGCUUUAGUGAAAAUGAGUGAAAAUGAACUUGACACAACACUGAAUUUAAAAUGCAAAUUGGGAAUGAAGUCAAUUUUGCCCAUCUUUAGAUGUCUGAAUUCCCUUGAAAGAAAUAUAGAGAAGUGCAGAAUAUUCACCAGAUCUGAUAAAUGCAAAGUAGUUAUUCAAUUCUUCUACAGACAUGGUAUUAAAAGAACUCAUAAUAUAUGUUUUCAAGAAAGUCAGCCUUUGCAAGUUAUUUUUGACAAGAAUGUUUGUACUAAUACGCUAAUGAUUCAACCAAGAUUGCUUGCUGAUGCCAUUGUUCUUUUUACAUCAAGUCAAGAGGAAGUUACUCUUGCUGUUACUCCACUGAAUUUUUGCCUCAAGAGUUCUAAUGAGGAAUCAAUGGAUUUGAGCAAUGCUGUAUACAGUGAGAUGUUUGUUGGCUCAGAUGAGUUUGACUUCUUUGAAAUUGGAAUGGACACUGAGAUAACAUUUUGUUUCAAAGAAUUGAAGGGAAUGCUGACAUUUUCAGAAGCUACACAUGCUCCUAUAUCCAUUUAUUUUGAUUUCCCUGGGAAACCUCUGGCUUUGAGUAUUGAUGAUAUGUUAGUGGAAGCUAACUUUAUUUUGGCCACAUUAGCUGAUGAACAAAGUAGAGCAUCUUCACCACAGUCACUGUGUCUUUCACAGAAACGAAAAAGGUCAGAUCUGAUUGAAAAAAAGACUGGCAAAAAUGUAACUGGCCAGGCCCUGGAAUGUAUUUCAAGAAAAGCAGCACCAAGAAGGCUUUAUCCUAAGGAGACUCUCACAAACAUAUCUGCAUUGGAAAACUGUGGCAGCCCUGCAAUGAAAAGAGUGGAUGGAGAUGUCAGUGAAGUAUCAGAAAGCAGUGUCAGCAACACAGAGGAAGUGCCAGGGUCUCUGUGUCUCAGAAAGUUUUCUUGCAUGUUCUUUGGAGCAGUUUCUUCUGACCAGCAAGAACACUUCAACCACCCUUUCGACAGUCUGGCAAGAGCAAGUGACAGUGAACAGGACAUGAAUAAUGGCAGUUUCUCUAUAUUCUAAUGCUUAAUGAUGGCUGAGCUGGCCCCCAGCCCGGUGACUGGCUCAUUUGCCCCUCAAGCACGAGUUUGCAUGUUUAGUGUCUAAAAGAGGUUGUCCAGGACUUCCUUUUAAUGGAGGAUGGGCUUUUAAACCACAUCAUCUUGUACAACAACCAUAUCUAGAAAUAGCUGUUUGUCAAGUGUAUGUAGCUUGCUUUAAAUCCAUUAUGCUACUUGUGAGGCAGAAGAGUUUUCUGUGAAGGAAAAAAGCCCGUUAGAGUUCUUCAAUUCAAUGCACGUUCACCCUAGAGCUUUUAACAUCUUUGCUAGUUUUAUAAAGGUAUUUAAACUUUAUUCAACAGCCAUUUAGAGUGCCAUCAAGAUGGUUUGAAAUGGAAUUUUGUGAUUUGUAGUCAGGUAUCUUUUGUAUUUGAUUGCAAACAUUUGGAUUUUAGUUUUCUCAUGUAAUACCAUGGCCUUUUUUGUGCAUUGUUUUUUAUAUUUUAAGACUUUAAGUAGAAUAAACCCUGGAAAAAAGAUCAAGAGUAAAAAUAUAUAGUCACCUUCACUUGGUUUUUUUAGAUGGAGUCUCACUUUGUCACUCAGGCUCAAGUGCAGUGGUGCGAUCUCUGCUCACUGCAACAUCUGCCUCCCAGGUCCAAGCGAUUCUCCUGCCUCAGCCUCCCGUGCAGCUGGGAUUGCAGGUGCGUGCCACCAUGCCUGGCUAAUUUUUGGUAUUUUGUAGAGACAGGGUUUCGCCAUGUUGGCCAGGCUGGUCUUGAACUCCUGGCCUCAAGUGAUCUGCCCACCUCGGCCUCCCAAAGUGCUGGGAUUACAGACUUGAGCCACCGCGCCCAACCUGGAGUGUUUUUACAUAUUGUAAAAUUUUAUUUCCUAACCUCAAAUUGUUCUGAUUUUCAGAUGUGAUUUUUUAUUUUGCAGUGUGCUGCAGGAAAGAAUUUAACAGAAGUGAUGCCAAAUAUUUCUGUAUUAUCUGACAUAGAACAGUAUCCUCCACUGCCAAGACAGCCUGAGUUUGGAGUGGAAUAAGGUGGAAGACAAAUGUCUGUUCUUUGGCCCUUUAAGAGUUAGCUUUUUACCUGCACAAAUGGACUAAAAAAUCUGGCACAAAACAUUGUUAUGUAAUGUCUUAUGAUGUGUGCCUCUCCCUCCCCCAAACCUGUUUACAGUCAAUUAUAACCUGACAAACGAGACUUUUGUAACAUAUUAUUGUUACAUCUUUCUGAAACCUUCAAACCAUAAGGAAGUGUUAACUGGCAAGCAAUUGUACUUUAGACUUUGUGAGAAAUUCAUAAAGGUGGCUGAGUGGAUUUGCAUGCUUUAGAACUGUGAAUAGAGUUCUAACUGAAACCAGAAUUAAUUUGGCUCUUGUAGCUUAGUAAUGAGUCAUAGCUACCCACAAUAACCUAAUAAAAACUCAAGUUCAUCCCAA